AUGGCGAAACCCGGCCGAGGUCGCCCGGCUUCACCGUCAGGCUCCUCGUCCCGCUCCCCUUCGCGUUCGAUUUCUCGCUCUCCUUCAACUUCACGCUCGCGCUCCUACUCUGGGUCCAGCUCGCGCUCACGGUCCCGAUCUCCUCCACGUCAUCGCUCUCGCUCCAAAUCAUUCACCUCUUCCUCUCCUUCUCGUAGUGUCAGCUCUCGCAGCCCUAGCCCCCCUCAGAAAAAAAGUCCUGCUGAAGAAGCUAAGCGAGGUCGCUCUCCACCACCAUCUAAGAAAACUUCCCCACUGCCAAGGAAAGCUUCUCCAAUUCCUGAGUCACUCAUACUUCAUGUUGAUCAGCUCAGUAGAAACGUAAACGAAAACCACCUAAAAGAAAUAUUUGGUAAUUUCGGUGAAAUUGUAAAUGUACGACUGGCAAUUGAUCACGUCGUUAACAUUCCGAAAGGAUUUGCAUAUGUUGAGUUCAAGAGUAGAACUGAUGCCGAGAAAGCAAUGUUAUAUAUGGAUGGCGCCCAAAUUGAUGGGAAAGUUGUUCGAGCCAAGUUUACAUUACCUGAGCGAAAGAAGGCUUCUUCGCCUCCUAAAGCUGUUGCAACUACUUCGAGGAGAGAUGCCCCUAAAGCUGAUGAUGUUACUGCUGAUGCUGACAGAGAUGGACUAAAGCGACCUAGAGAAGCAUCUCCUCGGCGCAAACUUCUUUCUCCACCUAGAAGGAGAUCUCCUAUAGCACGCAGAGGUUCUCCCAGACGAGGACCAGAUUCUCCUCCCCGGCGACGCGCAGAUUCUCCGGUUCGUCGCCGAGUAGAUACUGCUUUUCGACGGGGUGACUCACCGCCUCUCAGGAGGAGGCCUGCAUCUCCUGCAAGAGGCCGUUCUCCCUCCUCUCCACCAAGGCGUUAUCGAUCACCUCCCAGGGCAUCUCCCCGUAGGGUACGUGGUAGCCCUGUUCGACGACGAUCUCCACCUCCUCCAAGGCGGCGAUCAGUAAAUAUGGGACUAGAAGAGAUUAGGAUAGCUGAUAAAUUGGAGCCGGAAGAGGAAAAUUUGCUGCUGCUUUAA